UGAAGCUCGGUGACCUCAACCACUCCACCCUCACCACACAACCACUCUUCUCAUCAUCUCGCCCACGUCGAUCUUCUGUAUUCUCCUACAUCCUCCCUUAAUAUGGCUCCUCGUCGCACCAAGAGGCGCGUUCAAGAGGUCUCUGAUGAUGAGGAGGUCGAGGGACACUCGCCAGUGAAGCGGAGGGCGGCCAUUGCCACCGUGAACGACGAUCGGUCGCCGUCACCAAUGUUAAGCCAUGCCAAAGGCCAGGAGCGCGCAAUUGUUCCUGACAGCGACGAGGAGCCUGUCAGCGAAGAAGAGAAGGCUGUCGUACUGCAGGCUUAUCGCCCAGCGCUAGAACGCGGCGAAGACGGGUAUAUCGCCGGCUCCAUUGUGCGCGUGAAGAUCACUGGCUUCAUGACCUACGACAAUGUAGAGUUCCGCCCAGGUCCCCAUCUCAACAUGAUCCUUGGUCCCAAUGGGACAGGCAAGAGCUCCAUUGCCGCCGCCAUCGCCAUCGGUCUUGGUUUCCACCCCAAGGUGAUGGGACGAGCGCACGAUGUGCGCUCAUACGUUAAGCAGGGUACCGAGGUGGCUACGGUCGAGAUCGAGCUCAAGGGUCGUCGACGCAGUGGCAAUCCCAUUGUCUGGCGCAGAUUUGGGCGUGACUCGGACAAGUCGGAGUGGAUGCUUAACAGGAAGCCGUCCACGCGCAAGGCCAUUCAGAAUUUGAUCCAGAGCUUUGGGGUUCAAGCUGACAACCUCUGCUCUUUCCUCCCGCAGGAUAAAGUAGCAGACUUCGCCAAGAUGAACCCGGUAACAGUUCUGAAGGAGACGAUGCGCGCGGCGGGUGACCCAAAUCUGUCGCAGUGGCACGACGACCUCGUUGCGAACGGCAUGGCGGCUAAGGAAGUUGAAACAUCUCUCACAUCAAAGACCCAAAAGCGCGACACUCUUCGCCGGCAAGUGGACGAGCUAGAGCCGGAUGUCCGCAACUACGAGCGCCAACAGGAGUUGAAGAAGCAGCUUCACAUUGCUGCAGUGGAAGUGGAAGCCGCACGCUGGAGGGUCUUCAGCGCCCAAGCUCAGCAGCACAAGAAGGCUGCAGUGAAGGUUAAGGAGAAGAUGAAGCGGCUACACGAAAAGCAGGCACCCCUUCGUGAACUUCAAGACGCACAGGUUGGGAAGGAGGCGAAGGCCAAGCGCAAUCAUGACCGAAAUCAAGAUGACUUGAGGAGAGUGGACGUGGAAUCUGAGCGCGCCUCCCGCUCACACCGCACAGCACUGCGUCAAGCAGAUGAGUUUGUCUCCCAGCUCGACGCUGUCAACGAAAACGCGAGGAAGAUUCGCGAGCAGAUCAAGAGCGCAGAGACCCACAUCCGCAAACAGCAGGAAAUUCUGGCCAGCCCAGACUCGGACAAGGAGGCUAUUCGAGCCCAGCUAGAUCUUAGAGUCAAGGCGCAGCAAAAGGCCGGGAGCGACAAGCGAGCUGCCGAAGCCCAGAGGCAGAAUCUAGGCACAGAGCUGGAACGUAUCCGUGCUGAGCUGAGUGAGAUCAACAUCAACAUGAAUCGUCUCAGUCAGGACGAGGCCGAUAACAUCAAUGUCGAAGCUCAACGUCGGAGGGAAGUGUUCCGCAGCGAUCCUUCCAUUGAGUUUGCUGUCAAGUGGAUUGAGAGCAAUCAAGAUAGGCUUCGUGAACCGGUCCUCUACCCUCCUGUCAUUUCCCUCAACGUUCCGGAUAAGCGUUACGCGCGGCUUAUCGAGAACAGUAUGAUGGGACCCACUCGCAAAACCUUCGUCUGUCAAAAUCAGGAAGAUUACGCUACGCUUCUCAAGCUGAACAGAAUGCGCACGCCGAAUGGCUCCAAUGUCAGGCUGAAUCUUGCAACCAUCGAAGCAGCGAACCCAGGUCCGCCUCAUGUUCCCCCGGAACAGGUAGCCGACUUGGGUCUAGACGGCUUCGCUGUAGACUUCAUCGAGGCCGAGCCCGCCAUGCGCACAUUCCUGUGUCAAGUAGGCCAAUUGGACCGCAUUGGCAUCACCUUGAAGCCUCACAACCAGCUAAGCCCCGAGCGACUGGUUCGUGCAAACAUUCUCACAUGGUUCUCUUCAACGCACUUCAGCCGCGCACUGCAGUCGCGGUACGGCAGGCGUGACAUGCAGAUCACCACAAACGCUCUGGACAGGGGCCAGAACUCGUUCCUUGGCAUGACCGUGGAUCAAGAAGCUGUCAAGCGGAUAGCCGAUGAAAUGGCAGACCUCCGACGUCGCCAGCGUGCCCUGGAACAGCCCCAGGCGAAAGUGAAGUUAGAACUUGAGCAAUCAAAUUCGAAAGUCCAAGCUUUUAAGGACGCACAAGCAGAAGCUGACGCCGAUAUCCAAAGGCUGCGGAGGGAGCUCAAUAAGGCAGACUUGGCUCGGCAGGAGCUAGAGCGCGCGAAGAAGCGUCUAAACGAUCUCCUCGCCAGACCAACUGCCGAGGCCCAACGCAAGAGUUUGCGCGACAGGAUUGAGACACACGCCACGAGCGCUUUGGAGGCGUGGAGAAAUUACAUGAAAUUUGCGAGCGACAUGGCAGAGAUCUGCGGAACCUUUGACCAGGGCUUCCUAGCGCAGUGCCAAGCGGCUUCUAAUGUGCAGGCUAUUGAGGAGGUUUCCAACAAGCGCGAGGGCAAGAUCUCGGAGAUGGGCGAGGAGUAUGAUGGACACAUGAAGGCUCAACAACGUGCCAAGGAGCGCCAGCAAGAACAACUCAGGAGGGUGACCCAGGUUCUCGAUCAAGUUCCCGAGGAGUACAGGGCCGAGGCUCAGAAAACGACGAGAUCAAACACCACGUUGGAAGAUGCUCAGGCCGCGGCCUCAGACAUCCAAGCACAACUCGACCUGUCCCUCAACGUCGACGGCAACACGAUCGAGCGAUACAAUCGCCUGAAACAGGAGCUGGAAGCCAAGGAGCAAGACGUCGCUCGAGCGGAGGCCGAGUAUGAGACUCUUCGGAGUGCGGUUUCAUCGAUCCUAUCUCGCUUCAAUCCGGCUCUCGACAGUCUGGUGCAGGAAACGAGUGCCAAGUUUUCAGCGGCGUUCGAGCGCAUCGGCUGCACGGGCGAAGUGCGCGUGAACCGCGUGCAGGGCAACUACGCAGAAUGGGGCAUCGAGAUUCUGGUUAGCUACCGCGACGGGCAAGACCUUGAGGUUCUCACUGCUAGUCGCCAGUCUGGAGGAGAACGCUCCCUGGCUACUGUAACGUAUCUCAUGUCUCUGUCUGAGAUGGCUCGCACACCGUUUUCGCUCGUGGACGAGAUCAACCAAGGCAUGGACGCGCGCGCGGAGCGGAGUGUGCACAAUCAGAUGGUGCAGGUGACCUGCGCAGGCGGCGACAACGCAGGCCAGUACUUCCUUAUUACGCCCAAGCUUCUCACCGACCUGGAGUACCACGAGAACAUGCGCGUCCUCGUCGUCAGCAACGGAUCCUAUCUUCCGGACUCAACACUUGUCAACUUCGGCGCACUUCACAGUCGUCUGGCGGACUAUAAAAGCAAACUUAUCGCGGCCACGUAGCUGCUCGUCUUUUGUACGGGGCAGUGUUACAGGGGGGUGUGCAUGCAGGGUAUGUUUACACGA